GAGGCUCCCCGGUGGCCAUGGCGCGGGCGGCCCGGGGUCAGGGCCAGCCGCCCCCCGCGGCCCGGGGCGGAGGUACCCCGCGGCAGCGGGGGAGGGCGGCGGGGCGAGCUGUCGCCGGUCCCGCCUCACACACACACACCCCCGCCAGGCAGGAGGCGCUUGGCGGUGCCUGUCCCUGCGCCCCGCUCCAACGUGCUUGGGGCGGGGGAUGGAAGGGGAUAUGAAACUGGUGGAGACGGGAGCCCGGCGCGGGGCGCGGCGAGGCUGAGGGGCUCUGCGGGACGGGACGGGACGGGCGGCUCCCUCGCCCGCAGGAUGCGCCGCAGCCCGAAGCCUGUCUGCCGCGGGGCCGUGCCGGGCGCGGCGGGGCAGCGCCCUGCCCCCGGGACGGAGGUGCCAGCCGGCUCCCGGGAGCGCCGCUCACCGCCGCCAGGCUUCGCGGCACCCUGAGCUCUGUGGCCGCGGCCCCGCGCACGCCUGGCGGGAGGCGCCGUGAUGCCCGGCGGCGGCGGGAGGGCCCCGACGUAGCGUGGCGGCGCGGCAGCCCGGUCCCGCGGGGCGGAGGAUGGCGUGUCGCGGCGGCUGCUGCUCCAGCGCGGGUCGCCUGAACGCGGACAACGCGCGGUUCCUCCUGCUGGCGGUGCUGAUCGUGCUGUACAUGCUGUGCGGCGCCGCCGUCUUCUCGGCCAUCGAGCUGCCCACGGAGCGGGAGGCCAAGGAGCGCUGGGAGGAGCGGCUGGAGAACUUCACCCGGCGCCACAACCUCAGCCGCGCCGAGCUCCGACACUUCCUCCGGGAGUACGAGGAGGCCAGCGUGGCCGGCAUCCGCGUCGAUGACAUCCGGCCCCGAUGGGAUUUCACCGGCGCUUUCUACUUCGUGGGCACCGUCGUUUCCACUAUCGGGUUUGGCAUGACCACUCCAGCCACCGUUGGAGGCAAAAUUUUUCUGAUAUUUUAUGGCCUUAUAGGAUGUGCAGGGACCAUUUUGUUCUUUAACCUGUUCCUGGAGCGCUUGAUCACUGUCAUAGCCUACGUCAUGAAGUCCUGCCAUGAAAGACAGCUGAGGAGGAAAGGGGUCCUCCCUCACAAUGGCCGGAGGGGCUCGGGGACCUCUGAGGUGGACAGCCUGGCGGGCUGGAAGCCCUCCGUGUACUACGUCAUGCUGAUUUUAUGUGUAGCAUCACUCAUUAUUUCCUGCUGUGCCUCUGCAAUGUACACACCGAUUGAAGGGUGGAGUUACUUUGACUCGCUUUACUUCUGCUUCGUGGCCUUCAGUACCAUCGGUUUUGGUGAUCUGGUCAGUAGCCAGAACAUCAAAUAUGAGAGCCAAGGCCUUUACCGCUUUGGCAAUUUUGUCUUCAUACUCAUGGGGGUGUGCUGCAUCUAUUCCUUAUUUAACGUGAUCUCUAUUGUCAUCAAACAAUCCAUAAACUGGAUAUUAAAGAAACUGGACUGCAGGUGCUGCCACAGAUGCCAAAGAAAAUUAUUUCGUUCACGGAGGAACGUGGUAAUGCCAGGAAAUGUGCGCAGCCGGAGGAACAUCUCCAUCGAGACUGAUGUUGUCAAUGAGAGUGACACAGACGGGCGCCGGCUGUCAGGCGAGAUGAUCUCCAUGAAAGACUUCCUGGCCUCCAAUAAAGUCUCACUGGCCAUCAUGCAGAAACAGCUGUCGGAAACUGCUAAUGGCUAUCCGAGGCAGAUGAGCUGUAAUUCAAAGCAAAAUGGAUUCUCUGGUGGGGUUGGAGCCCUAGCAAUUAUGAAUAACAGACUGGCAGAGACAAGUGUGGAUAGGUAAAAUAGUAACAGUAAUGACAGUGAAAUAGUGUGAACCAUUUCAACGAGUUUAGAAACAACGUGAAACAAGUGGAAAUAGCUAGGGUGGGAUGGAUGUCAACGGCAUACCUCCUGUUGGAAGACCUCUGACACUUUGUUGGGGCUGUCAUUUAAUGUCUUUGCUCUCUGAAUUGCACCAGUCUCAGCCUCCCUUCUUCCCCUUCUUUCUGUUCCUCAAACAGAUCACUGCAGGAGAAAUUUAAUUUAGCCUUCAGAUCAGUUUUCCAUGUCCUGUUUUCCUACAUUUAUGUGAAAUACAAAUUUCAGGAUAAGAAAUCUGUGGUAUGGGAAGAAACCAAGUGUGUCUACUGAACACAUUCUUAAUUCAAAGAUUGUUCUGAGCUUUCUGUCUUACUCUUGUUAUACCUGUUUUCUGAAAGUAGCUUAUCUGAGACCAAAAAAGGAAUCAGCCUUUCUCUGUGAUAUUGCAGAUCUAAUUUAAUGGAAUAAAAACCCCAAACUAUUUUCUUUUAUAUAUCACUUCUUAAAAUGUAUUGCUAUUGUGAAACAGCCAAGCUUGAAAAGCCAACUUCUGCUGCCAUUAAUAUUUGUGUAAAUCUGAAGUAAUUCUAUGAAAGUUGGUAGGACUACUCUGGAGCUAUUGUGAUGUGAAUGAGAAGAGAAUUUGGCCUUUAGAAUUUAAUUUAGUCUUCCCUUUAAAAGGAUACUGUCAAAAGUGAUAGAAUAAAAAUUUAUCCUACUUUAGUUUUCUUCUCUCCAUUUGCAAAACACGUGAUUUUUUUCUAGGCUACUUUUUCUUUUAGAAUUGAAUCACUGUGGCUUUCUGUUUCAAAAAUAUCAAAUUAAAUUGAAAAUUGCCAUGCUGACGAGUUGAAUGAAUGAUUCCACAGUAACAAUCAGAGACUUUUCCAAAUUUCUAUUCAUAUUUUGCUCAGUUGUGACUGAUGCAAUUGAGCAUCAGCAUUUUGUAAUGCAACUAGUAACUGAAUUUACACAACAGGCUUUUAGUAUGCAAUUAGAUCGCCAUGCCAACAUUCAGACUAUUAUUAUGAGCGACUGUGAUCACAAAAUCACUUUGGCAAUGUCCUUUUUACCUUUCAUGUAGUUCUGUCAUUCUUCACCUGUUUUUCUGGCUUUCAGUGAUGAUAAUGACAGGGUCUUGAUUGGGGAAAUAGAAAAUGUUUAACUCCUCAUUUUUCUCAAUGAAAUGCUCUGAGUGUUCAUUAUGACUAGAAAGGAGACUUCAAUGAGAAGAACAAUAACAGUGAGAAGAAUAUGAAAACAGGAGACAAGGUGAUCUUUAAUGACAGUGAAAUCCUGCUUCGUAUUAGGUAACUGGAGAAAUAAGGGAUUAAAUUAACAUAAAGUCUAGCACGAAUUUAAGGAAUUAAUCAGGCUGAAUUCCUGAUUCUCCUUUAACCAUGCAAUGCAUUAAAGCUAAGCAGUAUAUGAGAGUGUAAAUAAGCAGAAUUGGUCACCAAGGACCUGAUCCAAUUCCCCCUGAAGAGAACAAUACAUGUAUCAGGAUUCAAUGUUUCCUCACAGCUAGAAAACCUUGCAGAAUACUACAAUUUUAGGGAAUUUAAAACACCAGUAUGCAAUUCUUAAUUUCUGUUAUUUGGAACGAUGCAGAUAUAGCCUCUUCAGUUCAGUUAGUGUUAGGAAUUAAUAUCAUAUUCUUUUUCUUUAUUCUGGCCAAAAGUUCUUUUAUUUAUGUUUCUAAUACUGUAGGAUAACAUUUUAAUACUCAUUUUAAGCAAUAUGUGAAUUUGAGAACAAAAACAUACCUCUUGGAAUCCUCUCAUAUAAUAAAGCAAACCCAGAUAUUAGAUUAAACAACAGUACUUAACUAAUGAAAAGUAUUGCAAGCUCUUUUUGACAUAUUACAGCUAAAAUGUCCUGAUUAAAAGUCAAAUCCUGCCGUCCUUAGUUACGAGGAGAGCUUCAAGUUGAAGACAUUAGUCCAAAUUCUGAUAUCAACUCAGCUGUGCAGCAGUGGAAUAUCCCUAAUGAUAUCUCUUCAUGUUUGCAUCCAUGUAAAUUCCAAAUCAGGUCCCAAACCCUAACUUUGGUGAGAAAAGCAGUCUGACUUGCUUCUUGGGGGGGUUAUGUGUUAGCAAAAAUCACCACUGAAUUAUUUUAGAUACUAUUAUAGUACCCAAGAUACAUUACAUUGUUACACUUUUUUUUUGUCCCAAGACAUUCUUUGUCUCAACCUCACUGAAUAAAAAUACUUGGAUAUAAAAAGAGAAAAGUACUGCUCUGAAGCCUUCUUUCCAAAUUCAUUCAGCAAUGCCUCUGUUCACUGCCUGUAACCCCAAGAUCUCAUUGUUACACAAGUGUUCCUCAUGCUGCCAACCAGCAGAAAUAGUUUAGGACUUGACUCGUUGCUUAAGCAGGGCUCUCAUUCUGGGCAGAACAGCCACAAUCUUGAAAACUGCAGCUUAAUUCUCCAUUUCUGACAGUAACUCUUAGUUGCAAAUGUCAGAUUUUUCUGAGCACUGAACACUGGACGAGUUACUCAACGCUACUCCCUUUUCCAGAUGAUUGAGGCAAUGCACAUUAUCAUCUUAGACAAAUAACCAAAACAUGAAGGUUUCUUUCAUUCAUUUAUUAUAUAGCUCUGUGUCAUCAUUAAUGAAGGAUCUGGCUUCCAUGUAGGAUUUUCACUCAAAUCCUUC